AUGCGCAAUACUAAAUCUUUAAUUGGUGACGGUAGAGCAACUUCACUAUUUUAUGAUGUAUGGUAUGGGUCUGAAACUUUGGCAGAUGUUUUGCAACAACCUGACCUUCACACAAAUGCAAGGGUUAGUGAUAUCAUUGUGCAGGAUCAAUGGCAGCUGGAAGGAGUUCAUAUGCACGACCUCGUCAGUGCUGGUGUGGAUCUGGAGAUCUUGCCAAGGAGGCACACAGGAAGUCAUAGGAAGAUAUGGAUGCCGGACCUUAAAGGUUUAUUCUCUGUUAAGUCUGCAAGGGAGCUGGUGAGGAUGAGAUAUCCGGUGCUGGAGGAAGCAAAUAUGUUAUGGAAGAGUGUUGUGCACCCUUCUUUGGCAGCGCAAAAUUGGAAGUUUGUCAGGGGAGCUUGUGCAACUCUGGAUAAAGUAAAGAGCAGGUUAAAGAUAGCUCUUCCGUCGAGGUGCAGUGUAUGCCAGAUUGAUGAGGAGUCUUUGGAACAUGUUCUUUGGAGCUGUAGUGCUGCGAAUCCGGCUUGGCAAUGGCUGGCAGGUAUUUUCCAUAUUAUUCCUCAUUAUAACUUGCUUGCUGCUAACAAGGAAGCGAAAGGGCGUAGUAGAAUGGUUAAAGACAUGUGGUUAGUCUCAAUCUUGGUGCUGCGAUCGGAGCUGUGGUACCAAAGGAAUAAGAUGGUCUAUGAAAAGAAGAAGCGUUGCUGGACUUUCUUCAAAAAACGUGUAUUUAACCUCAUUCAUGAGUACUCGGCUAGAAUGACAGGAUGUAUGUUCAACAAGAGGCAAUCCAGGGUGGCGGGAGCUGGUGUGGUGGCGAGAAAUUCUGCUUGUGAAGUGGUUGGGGAGAUGUGUGUUGGUCUUGGAAUUAUUUCCAAUUAUAUGGCGGAGUUGUAUAGCAUUCUGAUUGGUUUAGAAUGGGCAGUUCAAUGGGGAUACCGGGAUGUUCUAGUGCGGACUGAUUCAUCAAGUGUCAUAACAUCUUUGGAAGGGGUAACUAUUCCUUGGUUUGCUAGACAUAGAUGGUAUGAUGUAAAGGGCAUGUUUGAUUCUAUAAAUUUUGUGCACACGUACCGUGAAGCCAAUUUCGCAGCUGACAAGAUGGCGAAGACUGGUUGCUUAUUAGAUAAUGGAGUGAGACUCACUUUUGUUGGUCGUCCUGAUUUGUUAAACUCAAUAGAGUUCCCAUAUGUUUCCUAUUUUCGAUUGAAAUAG